AACAACGUUGCUGUCGUCUUCAGAUUGCACCAUCUUCGGAACCAGGAAUGGAGGCCAGGGGCGCUGGAGGAAGGAGGAGAGAGAGGAAGAAGGCGGUUUCCAAGUCCAUCAAAGCCGGCCUCCAGUUCCCCGUCGGCCGCAUCGCCCGUUUCCUCAAGCAGGGCCGCUACGCCCAGCGCACCGGCACCGGAGCUCCGAUAUACCUCGCCGCUGUCCUCGAGUACUUGGCCGCCGAGGUGCUAGAGCUGGCGGGGAAUGCGGCACGGGACAACAAGAAGACCCGGAUCAACCCGCGUCACGUGCUGUUGGCGGUGAGGAACGACGAGGAGCUGGGGAAGUUGCUGAAAGGAGUGACCAUCGCAAGCGGCGGCGUGCUGCCCAACAUCAACCCCGUCUUGCUGCCCAAGAAAACCUCCUCCGACGCCCCCAAGGCGUCUCAGCCCAAAUCUCCGGCCAAGGCCUGAGACAAAUUCUUCGCCUCGGGGUUCGGGAUGGGGGGGUGUUUUUGUAAAUGGCCUGUUUUUUGGGUGGACAGUUUGGGUAUUAUCGUUUAUGUGCAGAGAGAUUAGGCUUAGUUUUAUGUUAGGUUGUCUUUUGGAUGAUAAUUCCCACUUUAGCGCAUAAGAGGAAGAUGUAAAAUGUCCAUCAUCUGAAUCUAAU